GUUACUAUAAUUUUGCAAUAAUCAUUUCAUUAUCAAUCGUUCUCAAAUAAGGAUGAAGACCUUUUUACUCUUAACUAUAAUUUGUGCGAUUUUUGCAUUUGGGUUUGCAGCCGAAUCGAGAGGAUUUUAUAAGGAUCCCAGAUACCCUGGUAAAUGUUAUAUAAACGAAAAUUUGAUAUUAUCAGCUGGAGAGCAACGCCGUCAUACCGAUUAUUGUGCGAGGGUCAUAUGUGGCGGUGAGGGUUACACUACAAUUCAAACAUGCGGCGUUCAAUCUGCUGAACCUCCUUGUAAAUUGGGUGACUAUGUAAAUCCCGAUGGCGAUUAUCCCGAUUGUUGCGAAAGGAAUGUUGUAUGCUAAAGAAAAAUUGAAAGAAUAUUAUUUAUUGUUGUUGUUAUUUUAAAUACUAUACGCAUUUGUCGUUCAAACAUAUUUCAAUUUUUGCACUUUUCCCUAUAAUUGUUAGAUAGGAGGUUUCUACAAAAUUAUAUAAUUUGGAAAUUC